ACGUGCCCGGCAAGGUACAGGCUAACCACAAUUCAUAAGCAACUGCUCAGGAUGAUCAUGCAAUUAUUUGCAUUUGGUGCGCUCAUCGCGCUAGCUGGCGGACAUGUGCUGCCGACACGUGAUGCUGAGCGGCGCAUGCAUCCGCUGUUUGAGGGGGCAGCGAUCCAUCAAGGGGCAAGGCGCUUUAAGCGCGGGUACAUGCCAGAGAUGACGUUCGCAUCCCAAAGGGUGGAGCAGUAUGCUGAUUAUUGGCGCAGUCUAGCCAGCCAGACACUGGAGCAGCAGCUGGAGAGCAAAAUGAGGCUGAACACACAACUGGCCAAGAAUACAAUUCUGUUUUUGGGCGACGGCAUGUCCAUACCGACAAUAACCGCCGGUCGGGUCUAUCUGGGUGGCGAGGAGAAGCAGUUCGCCUUCGAGCAGUUUCCGUAUGUGGGUCUCAGCAAGACGUACUGCGCCAACAUGCAGGUUGCUGACUCGGCUUGCACGGCAACCGCCUACUUGGGUGGCGUCAAAGCCAACUAUGGCACUGUGGGCGUUACGGCUGCUGUCCGUUUGAAAGACUGCCAAGCUCAAGCUCAGCCGGAGAACCAUGUUGCAUCUAUAGCGGCCUGGGCACAGCGACAGGGCAUGUCCACAGGCCUGAUCACGACGACAUCCGUGAGUCAUGCUUCCCCGGCUGGUGUAUACGCCCACGUCGCAAAUCGCGACUGGGAGAACGAUGCAGAUGUCAAGGCCGAUGAUGCUGAUCCCACAGUUUGUACGGACAUUGCGUCACAGCUGAUCAACGGUGAAGUGGGUCGCAAUUUGAAUGUGAUCUUAGGCGGUGGUAGCCAAAACUUCUUACCCGAACAUGUGAGAGAUCCCAGCGGAGUCUUCGGUAAGCGUAAGGACGGGCGAAAUCUCAUCGAGGAAUGGCAGCGGCAACACACCAACAGCGCCCACUACGUGCACACGCGUCGGCAGCUGCUGGAGCUUAACAACCAGACAUCUCGUGUGCUUGGCCUGUUCGCUCCAUAUCAUAUGCCGUAUCAUCUGGAUGCCGAUGCCGCGGAGCAGCCAACAUUGGAGGAGAUGGUGCAAGCGGCGCUGGGCAUACUGGAGCGGCAGAGCGCCGGUCGAGGCUAUUUCCUAUUUGUUGAGGGCGGCCGCAUCGAUCAUGGGCACCACGACACGUUGGCGCUGCGCGCCAUCGACGAGACGGCGGAGUUCGACAAGUCGGUGCGAUGGGCGCGUACGCACAGCAGCGUGGAUGACACGCUGAUUGUGGUCACCUCGGAUCACUCGCACACCAUGUCGCUGGCGGGCUAUUCGAGUCGCAAGAACGACAUAUUUGGCAUCAAUGAUGGCCAAUUGGCCGCGGACGACUUGCCCUAUGCCACCCUGAGCUAUGCCAAUGGACCAGGCUACAACAGCAACUAUCUAAAGGAGGAUGGCGGCACCGUCAAGCGUAAGAAUCUGCGCUCCAUCAACAUGAAGAACAAAGACUUCAUGUUCCCGACCGCCGUGCCGCUGGCGUCCGAGACACACGGCGGCGACGAUGUCGCCGUCUUCGCCAGUGGACCAUAUGCCCACCUCUUCACCGGGGUCUUCGAGCAGCACUUUAUACCACAUGCCAUGGCCUAUGCAUCCUGCCUGAGCGGUGCGCGCAGCAUGUGCUCAGACACAAGUAUUACCCGACUUUGGAGCUCUUAGACUACUCCCAAAAUCAAUAGUAAUUAUUGUAUUUAUGUAACUUAUGACAAAAACUCUAUUAACUAAGGUAUUUAAUGCAAUGGGUUAGAUU